AUUUUUGUAAAAAUGAAUUGUUUAGCCUAGCCUCCAUUUACCGAACAUGGCGACUUCCAUAGAAAUCGACGUGAUAGCUGGCUGCUAUGAAAGAUCUCUAAUUGGAUAUCGUUUAAUCAAGAAAAAUGAUGAGGAAUAUAUAUUUCAAAUGAAGUUCACUAACAAUUCCCACACAGGCUGCGUGAAGGCACUGGCGUCGACAAACAAUUUCUUGGCAUCAGGAAGUACAGACGAGAUGAUACAGCUAUAUAACCUGAAAACAAAUUGUGAAGUCGGUAGCCUGAUGCACCACAAAGGAUCGGUUACUUGCCUAUGUUUCCAUGACAACAGACACAUGCUCAGCUGCAGCGAGGAUGGUACUGUCUGCGUCUGGUCCACAAAAGAUUGGGAGUGUCAUAAGGUUCUUCGUGGUCACAGGUCAGAGGUGUUGUCUGUAGCCGUUCAUCCAUCGGGAAAAUUAGCGAUGUCCGUCGGGAAGGACAAGACAUUAAGAACUUGGAAUCUUAUCCAAGGGAGGUCAGCAUACAUUACAAAUUUAAAAGCAGUUUCAGAACUUAUCCUAUGGAAUCCAAGUGGCACUAAGUACUUUGUUGUAAUAGACAAUAGAGUUGAUGUAUACCAGCUUGAAACAGCCAAAGUCAUUGCCUCUUAUAAAUUUUCUGGCAAAAUCAUUUCUGCUGCCCUCAUACAGGAUGACUAUGUUGUUGUUGGAGGAGAAGGAGAAAUGAUAGAAGUUUUCAGCGCAAGUGAAAGUAAUCCAGUCUGCCUGUGCAAAUGGAAAGCCCAUGAAAACAGAGUGAAGGCAAUAAAAUCUAUUCGUGCAUCAGUGUCAUCCGAGCAGUCAGGUUCUUACUGGCUUUUCACAGCAUCAAGUGAUGGUCACAUCAAAGCCUGGACCAUCGAUGUUGAAAAGAUCACAGAGCAGCCACACCUACUUGCAUCAGUUGACACAACAGCGAGACUAACAUGUUUGACUGUUAGAACAGCGAAAAAUUUCCAACAAGAUGCUAGCAAAUUGGGCAGCAGCCAAUCAGAAGUUGCAGUGAAAAAUAAAACAAAGAGAAAUAGGAACCGAGAUAGAAAACCAAAACUGCAACAGUCCAGUAGUAAUGAAAACAGUAAACGAGUCCUGGAAGAAAAUGUGGAUGCGAAAGUUGUGAAGAAAAAGAAGAAAAAAGUAUCAAAUGCCUAAAAAGUCAACUAUAAACAUUUUAUCAAAUACUUUUAAUUAAAAACAUACUGACUGUAUAAAUAGAUAGGGAAACCAUAUUAAAUCAAUGAAUUCAUAAUAAAUAGGCCUAUCAGUUUCCAUGAUUGUCAUAGAUUUCCUCUGUUCAGCUCUUGAGCAGGGUUUCAUUGGAUUGCUUUUGACCUAGACAAAGGUCAACUUUAUCUUGGUUAAAUCAUACUACUGUUCGCGGUUGGAUUUAAAGAUGUAUUUUCCCAUACAAAAUACCCCAAAAAUAUCAUGAUAAUCGUUUUUGAAAUUAAUUUGCUCAUUUUGAAGUAACAUAAAAAGUAACAAUUUGAGCAUAGAAAUUAGAGUAUUUAAAUAUUUAUCCAUAAUUUUAAAGCAAAAAAUGAUAGAUACAUUUCUAGUGAAUGUAAGUGUUUUUAUUUAUCUUUUUAUUUAUUUUUUUAUUUAUUUAGUAUAAAAAUCAGGGUACACAUUUUUUUUAAUUCAAUAAUUUCUAUACUAAAAGUUAAUAAUUUGUAUGAUAUGUUGAAAUAAGAAAGUUCAUUUCUAAUUUUUUUUUUAUGACUUUUUGUCAUUUCAGGGGAUAUACUGUACAUCUUUAAAUAAACAAUAGUUCUUGUCAAGCUUGUGACUAAACAACAUUAUAGUACUAGUAAGAUUUUGCGCAACUGGAUGUAGUCUGUGAAAAUUCCAGUGGUUUGCGGUAAAAGCACACUCUCAAGAUAUACAUAUCUGACACCUGCUGUUCACAAAAACAGCUCUGCUAUUCUUCUAGGGCAAAGGUCAAUCGGUUAAACUUAUUGCGUUGUGUAAUUUGACAAAGGAGAAUGUUUCACGCACUGGAUUAUUCCUGGCCAAAAUGAUCAGGUAUAUGGUUCGUUUAAUAGAAGAAAAUGUUGAGUUCCAUCACAGAUUUGGAUAUUCAGUAUGCUUAAUAUUAUAUUAAUAUUAUUAGCUUAAAGUUAAUAUUAUAUUAGUAUUAAUAUUAGUGUUAAUGUUCAAUAAUGUUUACAUUAUACUAAAAAUUAUCAUCACAUUUAGAAGUGUGCACGUAAGUUUGUGUCUCAAUAAAUGUAUACUCCAGUCUUA